AUGCCGCACGAAUCGUUUUCCAGCGGAAAGCGGCCUCUAAAGCCUGCGAUGAACCCGAUGACAUCAACUUCUGCUUCUUCAGCUGUAACGGACAAGGGAGACUUGGCAUUUACUCUCGAGAAUAGGAAAAGCAAGGUCACAACUUUCAACCCUCUCCUGACGCCAUCGCCAUUGCUAGAACCAAAGGUCCUGGAGCGCAAAACUAAAAUGCUAGCCCAUCGGUAG